AUGCAGAAGACCCAGGUUCAAUCCUUGGGUCGGGAAGAUCUCCUGGAGAAGGAAAUGGCAACCCACUCCAGUAUUCUUGCCUGGAAAAUCCCAUGGACGGAGAAGCCUUGUAGGCUACAGUCCCUGGGGUCACAAAGAGUCGGACGCACUAAGCGACUUCACUUUCACUUUCAAACUCCUCUCAGUCAGAAGAAAUACAAAAUGCACUGCAAGGGUAUUGAUCUGGGGAGAGGAAGAUGCUGUGGCUAUUCAUGCAGUCCACCAUGGCAGCCCUUAAGCUAUCUUAGUGGUGCAGAACAUUUGGUGAACCUGAUGAAACCCACAUACCUUCCUUCUAGGGAAACAUACACAUAUGGGCAAUUUGCUUAUAGGACCAGGCAUUCUCUUGAUCUCCCUAUGGCCCAUCAGUUGAUUCCCUGGGGUUCUUCAUCCAUGAAAAACAGACUUGCUGCCUAUCAGAAACAUGAUGAGUUUUACAUUCAUUAG